CCUCCAGGAAAAGACUGCAGUUAGAUUGUCAGAAAAGAGAAGCCAUGUUCCGAAGACCUGUGUUACAGGUGCUUCAUCAGUGUGUGAGACGGGAGUCUGAGACAGCUAGCAGUUUGGUUCUCGAAAGAUCCCUGAACCGCGUGCAGCUCCUCGGCCGAGUGGGCCAGGACCCGGUCAUGAGGCAGGUGGAAGGGAAAAACCCAGUCACCAUCUUUUCCCUGGCGACGAACGAGAUGUGGAGGUCGGGGGAGAGUGAAGUGUACCAAAUGGGAGACGUCAGUCAGAAGACCACGUGGCACCGCAUCUCCGUCUUCCGGCCAGGCCUCCGGGACGUGGCGUACCAGUAUGUGAAGAAAGGGUCUCGGAUUUUCGUGGAAGGGAAAGUCGACUACGGCGAAUACACAGACAAGAACAAUGUGCGGCGGCAGGCGACCACCAUCAUCGCAGACAACAUCAUAUUUCUGAGCGACCAGACCAAGGAGAAAUCAUAGAGCGGACACGACCUCCGUGGUACCUUCCCGUUUCCAAAUCAUGUAUAGUCUUUAUAGGACAGAAAUUAAAAUAUCCUUUUCUAAAAA